GGGGAGGGGCCGGAGGGCGGAGUAGUUUGGGAAACGGCAAGCGAGAAACCGGAAGGGGCGCCUUAAAGGGGAGGCCGCUGAUUCGCCUCCGAUUUCUGUGCCUGCAUCGGCCCCACCCUCUUAAAGGGCAAGGGACUGCGUUUCGAGGGCGUGGCAGGCUUCCCAUUUUACAAAGCUUUGCGCCUUGCCCCCCAAAAGAGGGUUAUUCCAUUGAAGGCCAGUGCCAGUUUCCCAGACAUCCAAGGGAAAACUGCAGGAUCUUUGUGCUGCAGAGGUGGAGAUGGUGUGAGGCCGACGCAUCCCCUAGAGGGGCAGCCGGCCCGCUCCAAGGCGGGGAUGGGCUCGCCACUCCGGAGCGCGGGCGUCCCGAGUAUACGGCGAUGACCCCUUCUCAGAGGCAGACCAGCCCCUUGGGAUAAUCAAUGUCUUUCAAGGAGCUGCUCGCACCCGAAAGGGACGCCCAUCUUUUAAAGGAAAGACCCCUGUCCAGACGAGACCUGCAGCUUGCCUUCCUCCAGAAGCGUUUCCAGCGCACACGCCACGCCCGACGUUAUGGUGUCACUGUGUAGUCCAGGCUGCCCUUGAACUCCCUAAUAGUCCAGGCUGGCCUUGAACUCAAGAUCCUCCUGCUUCAGUCUCCUGAUUGCCGGGAUCAUAAGUGUGCACAGCCACGCCCAGCAGGGGAGGAGGUGCUGAGGACAGGAAGCUGCGGUGGGUGCAUUUAGAGGGAGGCAGCUCAGCCUGAAAGGCCAGGCCGAGCCUCCUCAGAACCGCUGGGGCCUCUGGAGGGGCGGCUGGACUGUGUGCGGCAAGUUUUGUUCAAACCCGGAAGUGACCCCAGGCCACACCCCUCUGCCCUGCAGGCCCAGGGGACACCUGGGGUUGGGAAGCCCCGCUCCUGAGCAGGUUCCCUGAGCAAAGGGGACCCAGGGGGUGGCCCUCUCCCUCCAGGGCCCAGGCUCUGUGGCCUGACCUGGAACCCCCGCCCCCAGGUGUGAUGGUCGGCUCCCAAGCAGACAUGGUGCCUGCCUCCACCACCGAGGGGCCAGGGGAGAAGCUGGCGCCGGCGGCCCCCGCGACCACGGCCCAGUAUGAGUGCGGGGAGUGCGGCAAGUCUUUCCGGUGGUCGUCCAGGCUCCUGCAUCACCAGCGCACGCACACUGGCGAGCGGCCCUACAAGUGCCCCGACUGCCCCAAGGCCUUCAAGGGCUCCUCUGCACUGCUCUACCAUCAGCGAGGCCACACGGGCGAGCGGCCCUACCAGUGCCCCGACUGCCCCAAGGCCUUCAAGCGCUCAUCGCUGCUGCAGAUCCACCGCAGUGUGCACACCGGCCUGCGCGCCUUCACCUGCGGCCAGUGUGGCCUGGCCUUCAAGUGGUCAUCGCACUACCAGUACCACCUGCGGCAGCACACGGGCGAGCGGCCCUACCCGUGCCCGGACUGCCCCAAGGCCUUCAAGAACUCGUCCAGCCUGCGGCGCCACCGGCAUGUCCACACGGGCGAGCGGCCCUACACGUGCGGCGUGUGCGGCAAGAGCUUCACGCAGAGCACCAACCUGCGGCAGCACCAGCGCGUGCACACGGGCGAGCGCCCCUUCCGCUGCGCACUCUGCCCCAAGACCUUCACGCACUCGUCCAACCUGCUGCUGCACCAGCGCACGCACGGGCCCUCUGACUCUCCUGGCCGCACCGUGCCCACGCCCACGCCCCACGAGCCCUGCGGGGUGGGCCCGGGCCUGGUGGCCGAGACCUUCGUGCAGCAGCCCCGCAGCCCGCCCCCGGUGGUGCCCGAGCUCUUCCUGGCGGCGGCGGAGACCACGGUGGAGCUGGUGCUGCGCUGCGAUGGCUGCGACCAGGGCUUCGGCAGCGAGGAGCUGCUCCUGGAGCACCAGCCCUGCCCUGGGCCGGCCGCCCCCGACCCCCCAGCGGUGCUGUCCCCGCUGCCUCUGCCCCUGCCGCAGCCCCCUCCGGCCGCCGUGGUCGCUGCCCCAGGCUUCGCCUGCCCGCCCUGCGGGAAGUCCUUCCGCACAGUGGCCGGCCUCUCCCGCCACCAGCACAGCCACAGGGCGGCCGGUGGGCAGGCCUUCCGCUGCGGCAGCUGCGACGGCGCCUUCCCGCAGCUGGCCAGCCUCCUGGUGCACCAGCAGAGCCAUGUGGAGGAGGCGGCGGCCGGGCGCCCGCCCCCGCAGGCUGAGGCCGCUGAGGUCACGUGCCCCCAGGAGCCACUGGUCCCUGCCGUGCCUGCUCCGCCGCUGCCUGCCCCGGCCUCCACAGAGCGGCCCUACAAGUGCACGGAGUGUGGCAAGGCCUUCAAGGGCUCCUCGGGGCUGCGCUACCACCUGCGGGACCACACGGGCGAGCGGCCCUACCAGUGUGGCGAGUGUGGCAAGGCCUUCAAGCGCUCGUCGCUGCUGGCCAUCCAUCAGCGCGUGCACACCGGCCUGCGCGCCUUCACCUGCGGCCAGUGUGGCCUCACCUUCAAGUGGUCCUCGCACUACCAGUACCACCUGCGUCUGCACUCGGGCGAGCGGCCCUACGCCUGCGGCGAAUGUGGCAAGGCCUUCCGCAACACCUCGUGCCUGCGGCGCCACCGGCAUGUCCACACGGGCGAGAGGCCUCACGCAUGCAGCGUGUGCGGCAAGAGCUUCGCACAGACCUCCAACCUGCGGCAGCACCAGCGCGUGCACACGGGCGAGCGCCCCUUCCGCUGUGCGCUCUGCCCCAAGACCUUCACGCACUCGUCCAACCUGCUGCUGCACCAGCGCACGCACUCAGCCGAGCGCCCCUUCACCUGUGCCAUCUGCGGCCGCGGCUUCGUCAUGGCUGCCUACCUGCAGCGGCACAUGAGGACGCACACCCCGGCCCAGGCGGCCUCUGGUGCUGCAGCCCCCCAGCCCCCGGCCCCGCUGGCCGCAGCCCCAGCCCCGCUGGCCACCCAGGAUGUCCACGUGCUCCCCCACCUCCAGGCCACACUUUCCCUCGAGGUGGCGGGGGGCACGGCCCAGGCCCCGCCCCCAGGCCCAGCAGCACCCAACUCCCAGACAUUUCUCCUGGUGCAGACCGCCCAGGGCCUCCAGCUGAUCCCCAGCAGUGUCCAGCCCCCCACCCCGCCGCCCCCACCUGCUCCCCCUAAGCUUAUCCUGCUGCCCCCCUCCGGUGCUGGGGGUGGACCAGCGAGGCAGGGGCCUCGGGCUCUGGGAAAAGCUGGCCAGGGUGCAGGAGUGGUUUGGCUACCGGGGCCUGGCGGCCUGGGGGUGCAGGGGGGUGGUGGUGCAGGGGGCAGUGGGGGAGGGCAGAGCCUCAUUGUCUUGCAGAAUGUAGGGAGUGGGGAUGCAGGGCCUCAGGAAGUGAGUGGGGUCCAGCUCCAGCCGGCCCAGGAAGUGACCACAGUCCAGCUCCAGCCGGCCCAGGAAGUGACCACGGUCCAGCUCCAGCCGGCCCAGGAAGUGACCACGGUCCAGCUGCAGCCUUUGGCAGGCCAGCUGUCCAAUUCCAGUGGAGGAGCAGUGACCACCGAGGCCCCCAACCUGCUGGUGGUCCAGAGCGAGGCAGCUGAGGAGCUGCUUGCGGCCCCAGGUCCUGGAGAGGCCGGGGAUGGCGAGGCCAGCGCGGGUGUGGUGCAGGAUGUUGUCUUUGAGACGCUGCAGACAGACGAGGGGCUGCAGAGCGUGCUGGUGCUGAGCGGAGCGGAUGGGGAGCAGACACGGCUGUGUGUGCAGGAGGUAGAAACCCUUCCUACUGGGCUGACUGAGCCACCUGCCUCAGCUCCUCCUGGACAGAAACUGCUCAUCAUCCGCAGCGCCCCUGCCGCCGAGCUGCUGGAAAACCGCAGCGUGGGGGGAGGCACCGCCACGCUGCAGCUCCUGGCCCCUCCGCCCCCUGGCCCAGUCUCUGCCCCUGCGGCAGCGGUACCCGCGGCUACUGCCCCCCAGAUGGUGCAGGUGGUCCCCGCAGGGACCGCGCCUGGGCUUGUGAGCCCGCAGGCCCUGCCCUCCAUCCAGAUCGUGCAGACGCUGCCCGCUGUCCAGCUGGUGCACACGUUUUGAGGAGACCCGCCCUACACGGAGGCUCCGACUCAUGGCCUUUGCCGGGCUGGGGCUGCCCAGCAGAAAGGAGCCUGCUAAUAAAGACCCAGAAUGUUC